CUGGCGUAUAUCCGUGCACACAUGGUAUAGUGAAUAUACGUCUGCUUGUGUCAUUACAAAGCAAGAGCUGUACACCAACUUAACAGUGCAGUAUUAAUUAGUGCGAUUCCAAUCCAGAAUGACUGACGGUGGACGUACAGUGAUAAUAGGAAUGGACGGUAGUGUCCAAGCAGUAAACGCAUUCAAGUGGUUUUGUCACUUUAUGAAGCGGGACACAGACAAAGUAGUAAUGGUUUACUCCGUAGAAAUAACAGACACAAUGACACCCAAACAAUGGCUACACGUACCUUCUUCCGAAGAAGAGAUGAAAGCGACUAUAGAUAAAAACAUGGAAAAAGUCAAGAAUAAAUUGUCCGAAUUCGCAAAACUUAUGGAAAGUGAACAUGCAACCGGCACAGUGAGAACUGCCCAAUCAGAGAGCCCAGGAGAUGGGAUAGUCAAAACAGCAAAAGAUUUGAAUGCUGACGUCAUAAUCAUGGGAAGUAGAGGGCUGGGAACUAUCAGACGAACAGUUCUCGGAAGUGUCAGUGACUAUGUGGUUCAUCAUGCAAAUGUACCUGUUAUAGUGUGUCCGCCAGGCACUUCUUAAAUUCUAUUGGUCGAUCAAAUCCCUUUGACUGUGACGUAUGCAGUCAGCAUUUAAAUCAACCAAUUAUAUUUGUUCAUUUGAAUUGAGGGGUACGUUUACAGGGGUAUUUCCAUCGGGAUGAUAUUGUGCAUACAAAAUUGACUGUACAUGGUUGGUUCCAUUCUGCUUUUAAAUGGUAUUCUUUGCAUCAUUGCUGUUUUAUUGGAAUCUAAUUAAUGGGUUGUUGAUAACAUUGUUGUAAUGAAAUAAAGAGAGCAAAUAACGAGACAUUUGUAUGUACUGUCUGCCAUGUAGUUUUGUAAUACGUGGGUACUGUAGGAAGUCUUGAAAUGGAUAAGAGUU